AUGGUCACUUCAUGGAUUCUGAAUUCUCUUUCCAAAGAAAUUGCGGAUAGUGUAGAAUAUGCGAGUGAUGUUGUUGAGUGGUGGAAGGAGUUGGAGGAUCGCUAUGAACAAACCAAUGGAGCUAGAUUGUAUCAAAUUCAGAAAGAAAUCAAGGAUCUCUCCCAAAAAGCCCUUGACGUCACUAGCUAUUAUACUAAGCUGAAAAAGUUAUGGGAAGAGCUGAAUACUCUGAACAAGAGGACUCAAUGUAGCUGCCUUUGUAAUUGUGGCCCAAAGGAAAGCAUGUACAAAUCUGAACAAGAUAGGAGGUUGAUACAAUUUCUCAUGGGACUCAAUGAAGUGUACAUUAUCAUUCGAUGGAGUAUUCUUAUGAUGAAUACACUGCCUACGUUGGCUCGAGCCUUCUCCUUACUUAUCCAGGAUGAAAAGCAAAGAGAGAUCAAGCCAAAUAAAAGUUGUCGAUUAAGUCCACCUCUUUGA